UAUGGCGCUGCCGUUACCAUUUUGUGGCACUUUGCUCUACACUUGCCGAAAACAUUUAAUCUUAGAUAUUCAAUAACGGGUUAUUAGGUGCGUGGUAAGCAGGCAGUUGCUAUGCGCGUAACCGGAACGGUCGGACGUUUUCGCGGGGACGCGCGUUGCUGUAAGACGCUCAGGGUAGGCCGAAGAGGAAGUUCCGCAGCAGAACUAUACGGGAGCGGGGAAUGACGGGGACGCGCUGACCUGAUAAUUAAUGCGACAACACUGAUUGCCGGGAAGAAAUUUGCUUGCUACAAAUUUUUCUGAAUCAUGUUUGAGUCCCCUCGAAAAUCUGCAAAUCGACAUGCGUGGUCGGAAAGUCAGGAGGAGUUACGAGAAACGCAACCGGUGUCUCCUUUGAGAACAGGCAGUCGUGGAAGGAAGAAAAAGAGAAAACAGCACAAGCAGCAUCAACAACAUCCACAACGCCAGCAACGAUCGAAUCGUUCCAUGUCCAUUCCUCGGCUGCGCACCGGGAAGCCCUCGGCGCCGAUCUUGGGAAAAGGCGCUGCGUUUAACGCCGAAGACGCGAUAGUAAAAGGGAUAUUUGAAAUAGAAAAAAAGAGUUGCGACGUAGUGCUGACGGCGACGAGGGUAAUAUGGACUCCGAUCGAGCCGGAGACCCCUACAGGGGAGUCAGGCUCGUGGAGGCGGGAGGAGCAUGUAGAGCUGCGGAAUGUGUUUGCCGUGAAGGUCAAACGGCGCCGCUCGGUGGGCCAGCAGUGGGGAGGCACCCUGCUGGGCCUCACACUCUUCUGCUGCGUCAGGAAGGGGGCCAAGCUGAAGGAGCGGCCCAUGCACCUGAACAACCUCAGCGCUGACCACUGCGAGCUCUGGUUCAGGCACCUGAAGGACCUUUUGAGUGGUUUCCAGGACAGGCCCAAGUCCUUGCUGGUGUUUGUGAAUCCCGCUAGCCAUCGAAAAGAGGCCUACCAGACCUACCGAGAUGAGGUGGCCCCCCUGUUCAAGCUAGCAGACAUCAAGACUGAUGUCACGGUCACCAAGAGGAGAGGCCACGCCCUCGCCAUCCUGCGGGAAGGCCAGCUGGAUGCCUACGACGGCGUGGUGUGUGUCGGGGGGGACGGCUCAGUCACCGAGGUGGCCCACGCGCUGCUGCUCCGGGCCCAGAUGGACGCUGGGAGGGACACAGACUCCAUCUUCACGCCUGUCCGAGCAGCACUUCCUCUGGGCGUAAUACCAGCAGGCUCCACCGACAUCCUUGCCUGCUCCGUCCACGGAAUAAGCCAUCCAGUCACUGCUGCGAUGCACAUCAUCAUGGGUCAUCGGCAAGCCGUGGACGUGAGCAGCUUCAGCUCGCAGGGACGGCUCAUCCGCUUCGGCUUCUCCUCCAUGUUCGGCUUUGGGGGACGGACGAUGGCCCUGGCCGAGAAGCACCGCUGGAUGCCGCCCAGCCAGCGCCUGGAAUUUGCUGUAAUCAGAACACUGGCCAACCUUAAGCCGGAGGAUUGCGAGUUGUCCUUCCUGUCUGUGAAGCAGGACCAAGAGACCACAAAGGAACAGAAAGGACGUGACUCUUCAAGGAACAUAGGCGAGCAAGAUGUCGAGGACGGUGAAUCAUGGGUGACCAUACAGGGCCUCUUUCUCAACAUCAGCAUCAUGGCCAUUCCUUGUUUGUGCUCCAUGGCCCCCCAAGGGCUGGCGCCCAACACCAGGCUGGACAAUGGCAGCAUGGCCGUGAUUGCAGUGCGAAACGCUUCCAGGUCAGAGUUCAUCAAGCAUCUUAAGAGAUAUGGCAACUUAAAUAAUCAGUUCGGCUUCCCCUUCGUGGAAACCCACACGGCCCAUGCUGUGAGGCUCCGGCCUCGCUCGCGGGGCGACUGGGCCGAGGAUGUCCCUGAGAAAGCGGCUGAUUUCGACUCUAAGAACGUACCCAUCAUCUCCUCCGAAGUGUCCUACCCCUGGAACAUCGAUGGAGACCUGUUGGAGGUUCCUGGCGAGCUCCUCAUCAGGGUGCAUCCCCACCUCAUCAUGCUCUUCGGGGAGAACACAGAGGAGGUCGACGACUGCCCGGCUAAGUGUGGCUGCAUCUAAACGUGACCCAGUUCCUCUUCAGGUUUUCACACUCAACACACUGUACUUUGGGUUGAAAAAAAUCACAGGAAAUGACACAAUUCAGUGUAAUUCACAAAAACAUUCUCUUUAUAUAGAUGAUUUUUUUUUCUGUAUGAAAUCCAAAUUACAGUCUGUUUUGUACAUUCCAGUGUAGAAUAUUUAAAUUAAACCAAAGCAAUUAUGAUAACAAGAAAAUGCAAGAUGUUUUUUUUUACAUAUAGGUCAGACUUUAAAUUUAUAUUUCAUGCCUUUCUUAGAAAAAAAAACAUUUUGGAAUGUAUUUUUUCUUGUACGCUUAUUGUAAGUUAUUACUUGCAUAUGUAUACCUUUUCACUCCCUGAGUGGCAGUAUAUGGAUUUAUUUUUUAAAGCUUUUCUAAUGUUUAGUGUCAUUAGAACAAAGCUUUAAACAUAUUAGUUGUAUGAUACAGCAACGGAGUGUCUUGCAUUCAUCCAGCUGUUCUAAUCAACUUUUGCAGUAAACACUAAUUUUGUGAUAUUCUA